AAAAAAAUACUAUAUAGCAUUUCCAGUAACAGCUCUUGUCCCAACAGUGAUAGAUCAAUGCAAUCAAGCUGUAAUUUGUAAUAAUAAUAAUAGUAGUAUCUUUCAAUACAAAUGCACAAGUGUGAAUUUCUACAUGAAUCCAACUGUUUCAUUUAAUAAUUAAAUAUUCUAUAUGUUUCAUAAUAAGUGGCACUCUGACAUUUUUCACAGAAAUUAAGAAAGUUGUGUAAUAGACUUAUAUAUUUUUAUUUAACGUAUAAUUAAUUAAAUAAAAAUAGUUUAAAUAAAAACUUAUUGAUUAUUCAAAAAGGUAAAAAAUAAAUUUAAUGUACAAAAUUAUAUCGAAAUUGUAGAAUGACUUUUAUUUUAUAACAAAUUUUUUUUAAAGUGACACUUAUUAUUAUGAAACAAAGGAAAUAGUAAAUUGAUUGUUAAUUACAGAUCCAUUGUUUAACUGGAAACUCAAAGAGCAGAUGUACGUUGAAAUGAAAAGUAAGUGAAAAAUAUUUAAGACAACAAUGAAACAAAAAUAAUACACAAAAUAAAAGACACCUUUUGGCACACAAUUUACGCCUUCUCUAUUUAUUUGACUAUUUAUAAGUACAUACAUUCACUUUCACCAGAAUCUUAUCAACACAGUCUCUCUCUUUCUCUCAACACACGAAACCCUUUGAAUUCCUUAUAACGGAUGUGGUUACAAAUACCCUAAAACCCUAAUCUCAGUACGAGCAGUUUCCAGCCACAAAUCCAAGACUCUUCGAAAAGAAUGUUUCAUCAAGACAACACAACGCAACAACGUCGUGACACCACGACAAGAACACCAUCCUUCAUGCCAAACACUCUUUCGAGAAACCCUAAUAGCAGCUCAAGCUCCGGAGCCGCCGGGAGAUUCCCAAGGUUUGGACUCAACGUCGACGACGAUCUAGUUUCAUCCGUGGUUCCUCCGGUUACCGUUGUGCUCGAGGGACGUUCUAUCUGCCAACGCGUUAGCCUAGAUAAACAUGAGAGUUAUCAAAGCUUGGCUUUGGUUCUGAGGCAAAUGUUUGUAGAUGGAGCUGAUUCGACUUCCGGGACUGAUGAUCUUGAUCUGUCUAACGCCAUUCCUGGACACCUUAUUGCUUAUGAAGACAUGGAGAACGAUCUCCUUCUUGCUGGUGAUCUCAGUUGGAAGGACUUUGUUCGGGUAGCGAAGAGAAUUCGAAUCUUGCCGGUGAAAGGGAACUCAAGAAAGGUUAGAAGAAACGAGUGAGUGAGAGUGGAGAUAACGUUUUGCCAACGAUGUCAGAAGAUGUUUUGUAGCAGCCUAGCUAUAUGUCGGUGAUUCCCAAGGGCAUUAUUGUAAACUUACUACCAUAUGUGUUUGCUUCUUUGUUCGCUUAUCUUCCCAUGAAAUGAAUGGAACAACAACACUAAUUUUGUGGA